AUGGGAAGUCUUGUUGCUGUAUUUGGUCUUAUACUGCUGUUGAUAACUGUGAGUGUCGUGUGGAAAAGAAUGCGCAGAAAGAGAAGAAAAGAAAAAAAUGAGUUUUUGACUGAAAAAGAAAAGUUGUUGAUGGAAAAAGAGAAAACAAUUGUCCUAGGGGCAACAAAGAAAGAAGAAGAAACAGGCACCAAUAGUAAACAAAAUGAGAGUGAAAAUGAUAUUAUGGAGAUUGAUGUAUGUAGUGAAAAUGAUGAAAUAAAACAGUGUAUCGCGGAUGUUUGCAUCAGUUAUGAGUCAAAGGGCAAUAAAAUUGUUGAUACAAAAACCCGAAUCCAUAAUGAUUCAAAUGAUAAGAAAUAUGGUAUCACUGAUGCUGGUGUCAAUUGGGAACCAGAGGAGAUGAAGCACAGUAUAUCAGAAACUGGUGUUCAUAGUGAACCAGAGGAAAAAGAGCAUAGUAUUUCAGAGGCUGAUGUCAAUGGUGAACUGCAGGAGAGAACGUAUGAUGUCACAGAGGUUGAUGUCAAUGGUGAACUGCAGGAGAGGAAGCAAGAUGUCAUAGAGGCUGAUGUCAAUGGAGAACUGCAGAAAUGGGAGCAUGAUGUCACAGACGCUGAUGUCUAUAGAGAACUGCAGGUGUGGGAGCAUGAUGUCACAGAGGCUGAUGUCAAUGAAGAACUGCAGGAGAGGAAGCAUGAUGUCAUAGAGGCUGAAGUCAAUGGUGAACUGCAGGUGUGGGAGCAUGAUGUCACAGACGCUGGUAUCAAAAUAGAAUCAGAGAAGAGGGAGCAUGAUGUCACAGAGACUUAUAUCAAUAUAGAAUCAGAGAACAUGGAUCCUGAUGUCACAGAGGCUGAUAUCAAUAUAGAAUCAGAGAAGAUGGAUCAUGAUGUCACAAAAGCUGAUAUCAAUAUAGAAUCAGAGAAGAUGGAUCUUGAUGUCACAAAUGCAGAUAUCAAUAUAGAAUCAGAGAAGAUGGAUCAUGAUGUCACAAAGGCUGAUAUCAAUAUAGAAUCAGAGAACAGGGAUCAUGAUGUGAAAGAGGCUGAUGUCAAUAUAGAAUCAGUGAAGAGGGAUCAUGAUGUCACAGAGGCUGAAGUCAAUGGAGAACUGCAGGAAAGGCAUCGUGAUGUCACAGAGUCUGGUGUCAAUAGAGAAUCAGGGGCGAGAAUGAUAAGGAUGCCAUGGAACGACUCAAAUAGUGAAAAAAGGAAGUUAAUGCACUUUUUGCCAAGUUCAGAAAAUGGACGAUGCGUGGGUGGGUACUACGUUUGGAGGACAAAGAUAUCAGAUCAGUUUUCCACACUGACUGAUGACGAAGUGUCCGUGUUAUUCUGUUUUCUAUGUUCUGACUCCGGUCCUCCUGACUUCACUGACACAGAGUGGCUGGACUUGCUUAAUAGGAUACGACAGGAAAUGUGCCGUAAAUAUAAUCCUGUAAAACGUAAGAAAGCUCAACAGACACUGGAUAGACUGAAGUCACAUGAUUACCUUUGGGAAAAUCAGGACAAGGUAACGAAGGACACAAAGGAUGAGACAAUGUAUAGAAUAGCAAUAACAGACAAAAAUAUACCAUUCUGUUACAGUAGUUAUGACACAGCCAGUAUGUACCUGAGAUCAGAGAGAUACAACAGAAAACCUGGAGAGAAGUGUGUCAUUUGUAAUGACUAUGAUCGCUUACUGAUACGCCGUCUACAAAUGAACAUACUGACUCACGUCACCAUGGAGGACACGAGGAUAUAUGAUGAGAUAUACCAGAUAUUGAAUGUUUCAGAAAAAAUACUUAGGGAAAGUGACGAUCAACGGAAAGAAUUCUUAAUGGAUCAAAGAAGAGAAGUUGAGGCUAUAUAUUACAGAGGAAGAUCACAGGACAGUGUAAAUCACGUGAGGUGGCUCUGGAGAUACCUGAAUCCUAGACCUGACAUCGUGAGAUCCUGUAUAGGUCUACAUCAACACUGGGACAUUUACAUCAUCGACAACAAAGCUUACAGAAAACCAUGUAACUGUCAUACCUAUUCACUAGAAAUUCGGAAUCUAUUGUACAGCAUACUGUUUGCUGAAAAAUAUCAACUGAAUCUCGAUGAUCAAUCUCAUAAAAUCACUAUGGAAAAAAUCAGAGACAGAUAUUUCACAGACAUUACUGAUGACGGCUCGGUAGAUCUUCCUGAUGGAAUCGCAGAAACACAAGAUCGUGUGAUAACCUUUAUAUCAGACGACAUCCGACAUGAUAUCAUGUACGCCUUUGUUACGGAGUGUCUGGUGGAGGACAGUGAUCUUGAGUUUUUCCUGACCACGGCGUCACGUGACGUGAUCUCAGAAUACUGCGUAUCAUGGGGUUAUAAGAGGAAUGAGGGAGAUAGAUGUCUGUAUGUUCCGAACAGACCGGAGAAGAUGUAUGAUCUCUUCAUGGACAAACUACAGCUGGACAUCAUUUCACACCGUACCAUGUCUGACGGUACGAUUCAUGCCAGGAUCAGAAAUCGUUUAAAAGUACCUGAAGAAAUAUUGAAAUGGGACCAGAAAGCCAGAGAACGGUACGUUCAGUACGCCGAGAGAGGGGGAGUACAGGAAGUCCAUCACGCCCGGGGGAUGAUUGUAGGAUGUGCUGGGGCCGGGAAAACCACGCUACUGAAUCGUCUACUCAAGCGUAAUGAGAAUGAAUUAAAGAAAAUAGAGUCAACAGAAGGAUUAGAGGUCCACGAGGAAGUGUUUGAAGUCUGUAAAUGGACAGGAACACUCAAAGCCAGAGAAAAAUACAAAGACCAAAACAAUGAAAGAAAUAAUUAUGAAAAGAUGGAUUCCAAGACCUUGACAUUCUUUGACUUUGCGGGCCAGUGUGCGUACUACGCCUGUCACCAGAUUUACCUGACUAGGAGAGCUUUCUAUGUCGUGGUGGUGGACGCCUCUAAACGUCUUGACCAGAAGGUGGAUAAGGAAGUGUGUGACCAGGAAGAUACUGUGUUUGCAAAUUGGGAGUACAAAGAUUACUUUCUAUUUUGGAUGAAAUCUAUCCACACGUAUUGCCAUGGGCAAUCGCAUAACGAUAAAGACAGUAAAGUUAUUAUUAUAAUAAUAGCAACGCAUUGGGACAAGUGUGUUUACAAGGAUAAAGUCGAUUUUAUGAACAGCCUUCAGAUGGUAUUGCCAGUUAAUUCUUACCUCGCCCAGUACAUCAGAGAGGACAUGUGCUUCUGCACAAAUUUAUUAAAAGACCAGAUCGAUGUAAUUGAAGAAGUUAUCGUACAAGUUGUAAAAUUGAGAAAGUGGAGCGAAAAAAUUCCUUCAGAAUGGAUAUUAACUGACACAUUUCAGAAAGAAAGGCAUAGGCGGGUGAUGAAUAUUAACGACAUAAAAAAUCUGUUCAAGCAUUAUGGAGAUGAAAGGCAAGUGCUUGAUCUGGCAAAUGAUAUGUUAAGAUAUUACCACGAUGCUGGAAAAGUUCUGCAUUUUGAUGAAAAAAAUCUUACUUAUUCAGUUAUAAUUGAUGUUCAAUGGUUUGUUAAUACAUUUAAAUCUAUUAUGACGGAUAUGCAUCAUGUAAAGGGAAUCGAUGCCAGAAGACAAGAUUGGGAAGAAUUCUACAAAACAGGAAAUUUAAAAGAUUCCCUUCUCAAUGACAUAUGGAGAAUAAAAGAUGAAAGACUUUUGAAAACGAAAACCAAAAGUUCAUCAGAAGAAAUCAAAUUUGGUGAUGACCCUUCUUUUAUAAUGUAUCACAAAGAAGAAUUAUUGUUGUACAUGCAGAGAUUGGGUUUGAUUUCUAGUGAAGGCGAGACGCACUAUGUGCCUUCCAUGAAUAAGAAGGACUUCGGAGAAACACAGAAAGAGAUAAUAAAAAGGUCGAGUACAAAGACGUCAGUUCUAGUAUUUUUGUUUGAUUUCUUGCCGUAUUUCUUCUUUUAUCGUUUGGUCGUGGCAUUGAUGCAAAUUGAAGAUUGGAAAGUUCUGAGAAGUUAUAACAUCAGUUGCUUGUACAAGAACGCUGCGAUGUUCACUCACAGUGAUCAUGAUAUUGCCUUAGCAGUAACUCCAUCCACAAUUCAACUGCAAAUAUUUCAGUCUAUCUCUCAAAUGACAAUGUGUUCCAAAGUAACAUUUUCUAUUCGUAAAACAGUUGAAGAAAUACUGGGGAAUGUCACAAAAUCCUUUCAUAAAAGCCUUGCAUACGAAGUUGGAUUUAUGUGUGAUGAAGACAAAAAUCAAAUUCUUGGCGAAGAAGUCACUAAUAAUUUUAUUCAAGAGGGAACUCUGGAUAGGGGAAAUCAGAUAAGAUGCCCGCAACAUCAAGUAGAAGGUUUCCACACCAUUAAUCCCGAUUUUCUCCUUGCUUAUUGGAAAUGA